CUAUCGUCGACAUAUUCAUACUCAUUAGCCACCACUGCAUGCACUCUCAAUUGGGGAACAGAUCAAUGAUAUGUAAACAUUCAACACUGCCACAACAAUGCAGAACUUGUCUAUCCAACAUGAGCCAGUCUCGCCGCUGCUUCGAAUGCCCAUCGAAUUGCGCCGGCAGAUCUAUCGUUACGUUCUCCCCUCGACCCUGAGGAUGGACACACGCCUUCAGCGUUUAACUGGCGAAGAAGAGAAGAAGGAAUUCAAUCUGACCCUAGUACGCGUGGGCACAGGCGUCGAAUUAUGGAAGGUGCAGCAAACGUUUCCAAAAAGCGAUCGUGAAACAGGAAAUGAUGUCGUAUGGCAACGGGGCAGCAUCGGCAUACUGGCCACCAACCACCAAGUACAUGACGAAUGUGUGGACAUCAUGUAUGGAGAGAACAUCUUUGUUAUUGAUGUAUCUUUCGACAAUAUCACCUUCCGCUACCGAUGGCUGAUAUUGUCGAGCAACCUCAUGCCGAGCCGAGCUUUUCCCUUCCUAGAACAUUUUUCGCAAAGAAACCUUAUGAAGAUCAAGAAUUAUAUUAUCAACGUCGAGCACGUUGAUGAUUACACCGGAAUGAUAAAGUACAACUGCCAAGGCAUAGGCCUUGCCGCGCGCAUCCGCCGGCAGGUUGAGAACUUGGUCGAUCUUUUGGUUGCCGCUCCAUAUCUAAAUCGACUCCAAGUCCAUCUGAUCGAUGGAGCCGUUGGUAGAGAACGAUUUCCCAGUGGCCGAAUUCAUAGGGUUCAGGACGACAGAUACAUUCAUCAGUCUCAGACGGUGCUAGAUCCAUUCAAGAGUUUAUAUGGCGUUCGGAGAGCAAUGAUCACCGGAGUCAGUUUGGAAUAUGCGAAAGAGCUGGAAGACAGCGUCGUUGCGUCUCGAAUUGGGGCAGAGUAAAAGCACCUGCCAGUGGGAACAUUAUAUGAACCAUUUACUAAAAUACCUUCGACGUGCCUAGACUUAAGAAACCAUUUGUGGAGAAUUGUUUGAUUGAAGGAAUUCGCAUUUAUUCGUCCACAUUGCUGCUGCUGUUUGAGCAUGAAUGCGUGCGAGAAUGAGAGAUCUUGACACGACAAAGAACACCACAUGCAAUUCCAAUAGUCGGACCGCACAUGACUACGGAUUGAUCAUUCGAUUGUCUCUCCAUCAUCGCAAUCAAACAGCCAGCCAGCUCAUCUCUCUUCCUAAUCCUGCUCCGAUUCAUAAUGCUCUUUUGCGCGAGUUAGCCAUUGUCCAACAACAUCGGAUUCUGUUCUCACCUCGGGAAUCAAAUUUU